AUGUCAAAGAAAAGCACGGGAGAAUCAUCGAUGAGAGUCAUAAUAUUACCUUUUCUCAGUUCCCCUACGUCAUCAUUUAACAUCCGCCCGCCGGCAUCGGCAAAGCGUUGCCGCCGUGUCUCCCUGACCACAAUUGACGCUCUCGGAGCCGACACUCUAUUCAUGAUUUUCACUUUUCUCGACCUCGUCCACCUAAUUCGCUGCUCCGCCGUCUGCCACUCAUGGAGGGCAGUGAUUACUAAACUGAAGCUGCUGCAAUUACAGUAUCACAAGCAACAUCAGGCUGAUUCUGCUAGCGUCUCUGAUUUGUCUAAUUAUUCAGAAAAAUUGAUAAAUAUACAGAUGGAGCAGCUAGCUAUGGGUCAACAAAGAUCGUCUUUACAAGGAGGACAUGUUAGUGUUUUUCAGUGGAAAGCUCACUCGGUAGGGUUUACCAAAUGCAGAAUGAAAAUGGGAUUGAUUCUCACUGGUGUUGGAGAUAAGGUGAUGCGUCUCUGGUCUGCAGAGAGCUGUAAGGGUUUGGAUGAAUACCAGCUUCCGGAUAGAGCACCGCUAAUUGAUUUUAACUUCGAUGAAGGGAAGAUUGAGAAAAAUAUGAUCGUGAGUGUGAAUUCUAUUAGAGGAAUACUAGUAGGAAUUCCUACGAAGCUAGAAUUCCUACGAAGACCAUACAGGGACUUCCUGGCAACUGUUACUACACUGUUGCUCCAUACAGAGUUAUCCAUGGGAAGGGGUUCCGGCAUAAAGACUAUGUGUUUGAGCCCAAACUCAUAUUCACUAUUUUGUGGAUCAAGUACGGGCUAUGCAUCUUGUUGGGAUCUAAGAACAAUGAGAAGAAAAUGGGAAACACGAGUGAGUCCAAAUGUGCUUUACUCUAUGCAACAUCUGAGGAAUGAUGCAUCCACAUUGGUUAUUGGCGGAAUAGAUGGCGUGGUGAGAAUUGUCGACCAGGGCAGUGGCAAUGUACUGUCCAGAAUCAUCAUGGAGAAUAGCUCUGAAUCAAGCCGUUCCAUGGACAAGAACAAAUUAAUUCAGAAAAAGAAAGGAAUAAGACUUACGGAAGAUGAUCGCAUUGAUCUAUUGCCAAAUCGUCUUCCUAUAACAUGCUUGGCUGCUGGAAUGCAGAAAGUUGUCACUGCACAAAGUGAUAAAUGCAUAAGAGUUUGGAAGUUUGGUAAAAAAAUGACACUCGUCAGUUAUUAUGUUCCUAUGUAUGUCAAUCUUUCAUGUAUUGUCAUUGUAUAGAAGUUUUUUUUUCUUUAUGUAUUUCUUAGAUAUGAAAUCUGUUUUUGGUUAGAUCAACUUUAUCACUUGGUUUUAGCUUUAGCAGCUUUGUCUAUUUGUAGCCUUAUUGUUGCAUGGAUCAUGAAUUAAUGAGUAGCAUUACACUCUACUAGUAGCCUAAUUGGUGGAGUAGGUCUCAUGGCUGAAA